GGAAAUAGAAAAAAUUGAGUGGCAACAAAAUUGAUCCCCACUUUCACUCCUCUCUACUCCACACCCAAAAAACAAAGUCUCCAUUUUUCCAAUUUCCUUAUCAAAUCCCCUUCUUUGCUUCACUUUCUUUGGUGAUAGUCUAAUCUAAUCUAGUGUGAUCCAUUCUUUUUUUUUUUUUUCUUCUUUUUUUCUCCCUAUUUCUCCACCAAAAUCAAAACCCAUUUUCUUCAUCUUUAUCUUCUUCCUUUUGCUUUUGCUUUUCCUCUUCCUCUUCCCUCUCAUUUUCCUCCUCCUACACCCAUGUGACAAACAAACAUCAAUCCAUUUCGUCCACUCUCAACAAACCCAAAUCCCAAAUCUCUCUGUUUCUCUCUGUUUUUGGUGUUGGAGUUUCCUUCUUUCUUGCCAUGGUUUCUUCCCCAUUCCUUCUUCCAUUUGCUCUUCUUCUUUCCUUUAGCCUUCUCUUCGUUUUCCCUUUCAACCAAUCCCAAUCCUCCUUCUUUGGCGAUCUUCAGGACCUUGCUCUCUUCCAUACAGCCACUCUUCAGUUGCAGAACUCCCAUGCCGGCGGCGGCGGUGGCGUUUCUUCCGUUUCCCGGUUAGGUAUCACUUCAAACCCUAAACCCAAGAUUGCUUUUCUCUUUCUUACAAAUUCCGACCUCUCUUUCGCCCCUCUGUGGGAACGUUUCUUCCACGGCCAUGAAUUGCGUUACAAUAUCUACAUCCACGCUGAUCCUACUGUCCAAUUAACCCCUCCCGGUGGUGUUUUCGACGGCCGAUUCGUUCCCGCCAGAAAGACUUACCGUGCUUCGCCGACUCUCAUUUCUGCUGCUCGUAGGCUUCUUGCUCGCGCUGUCAUCGAUGACCCACUGAACCUUUACUUUGCCCUAGUUUCUCAACAUUGUAUUCCUAUCCACUCGUUUGAUUUUAUGUAUAGUUUCUUGUUUAAGAACUCAAUCACAUCCCUUAGAUCCUUCUCUUCGAAGUCUAGUUACAAAAGCUACAUCGAAAUUCUCUCCGAUGAGCCGAAUCUGUACGAGCGAUACGCUGCCAGGGGACCCACAGCGAUGCUCCCUGAAGUGCCGUUUGAACAAUUCAGAGUCGGAUCGCAGUUCUUCAUUUUGACUCGCAACCAUGCGGUGCUGGUGGUGAAAGAGAGAAAGCUAUGGAUGAAGUUUGAACUGCCGUGCUUGGGCGAGGAACCGUGUUACCCGGAGGAACAUUACUUUCCCACAUUGUUGUCAAUGGAGGAUCCGGAAGGCUGCAGUCACUACACGCUAACUAGGGUUAAUUGGACAGGAUGUUGGGAUGGACAUCCGCACUUGUAUUCGCCUGAGGAGGUCUCACCGGAGCUCAUACACACGUUGAGGCUGUCGAAUUCGAGCUACUCUUACUUCUUCGCCAGGAAAUUCUCGCCGGAAUCCUUGACACCAUUGAUGCAAAUCGCCGAUGACGUCAUUUUCCGGGACUGAAGUGACAGUCGGCUCGUUUCUCUUACUGGGCCCUUCGGAUUCUGAAGAGUUGUGAAGCAUGGAAGAAUGCCACGACCCAAACCCGAAUGUGAGUGAGCUUCUAACAAUUUCUAUAGUUCGAAGUGUCAAGUGUGUGUUUUUUCUGUAUAGUUCAUAGGUUCCCAGCUGAUAAAUUGUACAUCUUUUUGAAUUAUUCUUUUUUGUUGUUGUUGGUUCAAAAUGUAAAUGGAGUGGGAGAGAGUGUUCGAUGUAUGUUGGAGUUGAGGGCAAAGGAAAAAAAAAAAGCAGUGUGAAGAAUCGCUGGCUUUGGCUUUUGUAUAUGAAAAGUUCCAUUUUUAGUUGGUUUGGUUU